UCGCUUUUCGACUGACUCUUUCUUGCUUGAGUGUCUUGAAUGUGACAUGGCGUCCAUCAAGAUAUUACACGGCCUUCUGUAAAACUGUUUUUAAUGACAGUGGUUUCAUUUGGCAUUUUAUUACUGAGGCCGUAUUAAAUCGUACAUUUGCAUUGAUGGUAAUGCAUGCAAGGAAACCGCAGCGAAUAAGUGAUGGGUACUUUGAGAAGCAUCAGUCCCAUCCGUAUCAGAAAUACAAUUCAAAAAGUGAAAGAAGAGCAGCCAAUGAUUAUGUCUCUUCUGAAAACCGAUACACUCCUCUUCGAUCCCCUAAUGGUAAUGUGUCCGCACAUGGUCACAACACACACUCCAGUCAAUCAGGCCAUGGACACCACCACUACAGUCAUGUGGCUGAUGACAGAGGAUAUCCAUCAUCCAGGAAUGUUUACCUACAGAAGGGUUCUGAAAAGGAGAGAGAUAGAGACUACAAAUCCUCUAGAAAUAAGUAUACAGAUAGUGUCAGAUCACCGAAGGAACGUAGCAAAGACAGUGAGAGAGAGAGAAGUAAUCAUGAACGAAAUGAACCAGAUAAAAAGAAUAGGACUAGUGGCAUGAACAUUAGUGUUAGUAGGAGUAGUAAAUAUGAGAAGAGAAGUGCACCUUCAGCAAGUGUUUCUGGCCGUGAAUGGUCAGAGCAUAUUAGUUCAUCAGGGAAGAAGUAUUAUUAUAACUGUAUCAGUGAAGUGUCACAGUGGGAAAAGCCUAGAGAAUGGGACUCCAGGAGAACGUCAUCCAAAGAUUCAACAUAUUCAUCAAGAAGCAGUCGGGAUAAGAGAUCAAGUUCAAGAUCAGGCAGAAGAGAAGCAGAAAAAUCUAGUAAAAGAACGAAUAGUGCUUCGGAGAGAUACUGGAAUAGCAGUAGAGACGAAGAGGUGCACGAUCGAUCUAGACCAAAACAUUCGGCGACUCCACAUGACGGAAAAGAUGGACAAUCAUUACAAGAUAUGGACAUCUCGCCGGACAGGAGUACGCCACUCUCUGAGAAUUCGUAUGGAGCCAGGGAUACAAAUUCAUCUGUACGGAAUAAUGCAGAGAACAAUUCGGUUCCGCCUGUUGUUGUACUCGACAAUUCAAAUCAGCCGAGUGGCUCGCUACUAGCAGCGGCGUUACCCCGAAUUGUUGCGGUGCAGCCACAGGUGACGUUACCGCCCGUCAAUAACAAUGGCGCGACGGUUUCGCCUAUCUGUGACGGUACUCGCAGUGGUUCGGGAACGCCACAUCGCGACCCGGGGCCACCGACGCCAACACACUCUGAAAAUAUAGAUCCCCAUGCGCCACCACUACACCUAGAUACCGCGUUACCUAGAAAAAUGGAAUGUCUAGGAAGUUAUUCACAAGUGGUGGGUGGUACACUUCAUCAUGCGCCGCCUAUGCUGACGCCGUCGCUCAUCAAUUACGUGCGGGCAGAUUUAACGUCACAUGUUUCUGGCUGGCCAGCAGAUAUUCUAGAAAAACAGUUUACUAUUUUGUACCAGGCCAACAAGUUCACUGAAGAAGCAUAUCAGCUAGGAUGCUUGCAAUGCACACGGGUAUCCGCUGAGCUGAAGUGUUCUAGGUCACUUGUCCGCCACACGGAGAUAAGGGCCACGUUACAGGAACAAAAAAUAAUGUACCUGCGGCAGCAGAUCUCACGGCUAGAGGAGCUCAAGUCGCAGAAUUCGUUCAUGUCAGAGGACUAGGAUUUGUGGCGGGGACGCCGCGCUCCCCCGCCGCUCUCCUCGCGCUGCCGCCUAAUACGCGCGCUGCAUUUCCCACCCUCCCGGGGGAAUUUUCACAUGUCAAUGCUAAACAUUGUUCAUUCCGUUCACUUUCUAUGUAAUUUAGAUCGAAUUAUUACUCUUGUGUUGUGUGAUUUGAUGUUAAACACACGUUAAAUACAAUCCACUAAAGCAUAGUAUAAACCACAAAAACGAUUGGUGGAAAAAUUGUUCAUUCCGUUCACUUUCUAAGUAAUUUAGAUCAAAUAAUUACUUUUGUAUUGUGUGGUUUGAUAUCAAACACACAUUAAUACUAAAAUCCACUAAAACAUAGGAUAAAAAUUUAAACAAUUCAUGUGUAUAAAGUAAUGGUGAUGAGGGGAUGAAGAUACAAGCAAUUAUAACCUUUCGGAAGAAUUGAAAUGUAAUGAAAUGAAAAUAAUGAAUUGAAAUGAAUUGAAUUGAAUUGAUGAUGAUUGAUGAGGGGAUGAAGUUACAAGGAAUUUUGAACCUUUCGGAAGAAUAGCCAACAUUCUCUCUGUUAAGUUAUUAAUAAUGAAAGUGUCUCUUUGUUAUAGUAUUUACAGUUAUCCUUGUCAGUGGUUGUAUGCAGAAGUUUUCAAGUUCGUACGUACUGUAGCCUCCUCCAGGAGUAUGUGGUUGAGCAGUUGUAUAUAUCCCCUCAGCCUGGCUGAUCAACCUCCAUGUUCAAGUGGUUAGCUAUCAAAUUACUCGAUUAUAAAGAGUUAUUUAUUUGCACUGCAAAUAUAGUAAGCAAUGACGUUAGAAUCGCCAGGAUUUUACAAUUUGAAUUUAACGUACCUUAAAUAUUUUAAUGUGGUUCUAAAUUUCGGCUUCAACUUGAUUUAUAUCAAAAUGUGGAUUAAUCAAUAUAAUUAUGUAAUUGUAAUAGAAACGGAAGUAUGUUUUGAUGAAACUAUUGUUUAUGUAGAUAGGUUAAGUAGGUAUGACUGGACAUACGGCGCAGCGCGCGUCGAGAAGCUGAGAUCAUAAUUAUAUUUCUUUCUUCCCAUAAAUUUAAUAAUAGAGAUGCGGACCAGGCAGAAAUAUAUUUUAUAGUCUCAUUAUUUGUCUCAUCUGUCUCAUUAUUACGUCCUAAAACAAUAACUAAUAAUUGAAAGUUUAGGAAAAUAAUUAAGUUUGAUUUUUUACUAUUGUUACUAAGUAUUUGUCUUAAAAACGUGACACAUUCGUCAGGUUGAAAUUUAUCAAAAGUGUGACUUUAUUUUAUUGCUGUUUAAUAAAAAUGUAUGUUCGAAUAUUUGUCCGCUUCCCUAUUACAAAAUUUUUAAAACAUUAAAAAAUACUUUGACUUUAAAGUUUGCUUUCAGUAACCAAAAUCUUGAUACAAAUAAAAGUAGAAUAUUAUUAAUGUAUUAUCCAUUGGUUCAAUCUUAGAUUUAAUGAUUAUUUGUCAAUGAAUGUAAGGGUACUACAGACUUUUGUAAUGUGUUUACUGUAAAUUAAAUUAUUAAUUAAUGUAUUUGGUAGAGAAUGAUUUCAAUAGUUCACAUGCAUCAUGUUUACAAAAUUUGCGAUUAGUCGCUCCUUCACAAAAGAUUCGGUCUCAUUGCUCAUGCGUCUGCCGCAGACGAGGUAAUACUUGUCGCAGCUACUGUUCAGUUACGACCAACAAAAUUCUUUAAAGAACCAAGUAUUUUUAGUAAUAAAAUUUAAAAGAAUUCAAGCCGUAAUGUUAAUUGACUUUAAAUCUAUAAAGCUUAAAGAUCCUAGUAAAAGUAACAUUUGCAAGCUUUGGAUUUCGAGUACACACACACAGUGAAGUGAGGGGACUAAAAUUCACUACAUGAGUAAAAUAGUGAAUCAUUAUUUAGGUAAACAACUCCGGUCUAGGUCUUUCUAAUUUUCUAAUUGAAUAGGGCUAUUAUAUUGUUUGAACUGCUGAAAAUACACACCGAUACAUAAUAUAAUAAACAAAUCAAAGGAAAUACUACUGUGAUAUUCAUUAUUUCACAUGUAAUAAUAGUGGAUUUAAAUAAAAUAUACAUUAAUGUAUAAAAGGCCUGUGUGGAGCUGUAUUUAGGAGCACGCUGUUUAUAAAUCACUUAUUUAUAUUUUUAGGGCUUCUGAAAUCAGGUCUCGGGCAAAUUUUAAAAGAAACCCGAUACGUCGUUCUGCUGUCGUCGUCUUUUAACUGUAUUUUAGUGUUAACUAGGGACCUGUCAAAUCGCCCGCCGUAAACUUAGGAUAGUAAAUAUUUGAAAUAUAUAUAAUAUGCGACUAGUAUUGUCGCCUCCACGCAGGACUUUCCUAGAAAAUGUUUCUUUUCGCAUACUGACAGCGCCCGCGCAGUCAGUCGACUGGCGAUCGCUUCGUACUUGUGUUGUCGAGACGGUCGACGUGUCUACGCGAGCCCUAAUUACAUUGUGACCUUUUUUCAUAUAGAAAUAUGACAAUUAAACCGGAUUAAAUAAAUCAGUUUCUGAUAA